GAUUGGUAUGGCCUCGUUCAUAGUUAAUAUAGUCGUUCAAAAUUGCGUAGAAAAGCCACGACUAGAUACAGAUUGAACGCAUUGGCAACCUUAUAAAAGUUGGAGGAGUACCAAACUGGGAGCUUCUGCCAUGAAGCUCGCUUCGAAUGACAAGAAGGGGAAGAACUAAGAAGAUGACGAAGAAUAAUCAAAGAGGUUGCGAAACGAGACAUCCUCAGGAAGACCAUUUGCCGGACAACGCGAAGAGGAGGCGUCUCGAUCCACACCCGUCCUCAGGGCGUCUCCUUUACCCUGAUUUUGAACGACCCACCGCGCAAGAAUGCCGGGAUGUGAGGGACCGUCUGAUGGCUCUGCACGGUUUCCCACAAGAGUUCGAGGAGUACCGGCGGAAUGCCGAUGCGGCUACUCAUUCCUCUGAAGAUUCAGGAGCAGUUCAGGUGAAAUCCGAGGCAGGGUGUAGUGAUUCCGGUGGAAAUGGUGUAGGAAGCAGUGUUUUGGACGGGUUGGUGAGUAUUUUGCUGUCUCAGAACACAACCGACGCGAAUUCGAGGCGCGCCUUCCUGUCCCUUAAGUCUGCGUUUCCUACAUGGGAUGAUGUUCAUGCUGCUGAAUCUAAAUUCCUUGAAAAUGCCAUCAGAUGUGGUGGUUUGGCGCAUACAAAGGCCCAUAGGAUAAAAAAUAUUUUGAAGACACUUCUGGAAAAGAAAGGGAAAAUAUGUAUGGAGUAUUUGAGGGACAUGCCCACAGAGAAGAUUAAGACCGAGCUUCAUCAAUUCAAAGGACUUGGCCCUAAAACGGUAGCUUGUCUUCUGAUGUUUCAUCUCCAGAAAGAUGAUUUUCCUGUUGACACUCAUGUGUUUCGAAUAACAAAGUCCAUCGGUUGGAUCCCUCCAUCUGCGAAUCGGGAGAAAGCAUAUCUUCACCUCAAUCAGCGGAUUCCUGACAACUUGAAGUUUGAUCUGAAUUGCUUGUUUGUCACUCAUGGAAAGCACUGUCAAAGAUGUGCAAGCGGUCGCCAACCACAGAGAGCUCCACUCGGUCCUUGUCCUCUGUCAGGCUAUCAUGCUGGCUAGACACAUCAGGUUUUCUGCAGAUUAGCGGUUUGGAAUCUCCACAAUGGUGACUGAUAAGAUGUUGCUUGGCUAAAAUACAGUGUCCUGAAGUCUGCAAGCUUAAAGCUGUGAAAUAUGCAAAAGUAAGAAGGUGUUAGCAUCAUAAAGGCUUCCAUAGUUGGAGUCUAAAACAAGAAGCGGUUAAGUUUGCCUUUGGUUCCAGUCUGACUUUUAAAAAAGCAGUCGUUAACAUUAUUCUUAGUGGCUAGGAAGGCAAGAAUGAGGGGGCAAUUUUCAAAUUUGGUUGCUGGAAAAGGACAAGGAAUAGAUGCUCUUGUAUUCAUUGUUGGGUACAUUUCACAUUGAGGGCAAUACAUGAAUAGGACGAGAUCUUUUGCUUUUCCCUUGUAUAGGAACGAAGGAUGCUGAUUUGGGUUUGGCAGGGGACAGAGAUGAUCAAGUAGCACAAACCGUCUGUUUGGCUGUACCCAAAGUACGAAGUGCUUCUCAUCAACUUCCUGUGCAGCAAAAUCUGCAAUUUUUAAUUAUGUGCCCAUUUUUUUUUAUUUUCACUUUGUUUAAAGCAGAGCAACUGCCUAGAUAUGCUCAGAUACGCAAUAUAUAAACUAAUGUUUUUAUCAUUA